AAAGGAUAUUAACGAUAACUAUACUGAAACUGUACAGCCAGAAAACCAAGACACUGGUCAUGACGAGGAUAAAAGAAAUGACGAUGAUCCUCUGGAUCUGAAUAAGACAUUAGAACCAGUUGAUGCAGAUGGCCACGGGCCUUAUGUGCCUGGAGCAUUAACAGAUCCCGAAAAAAGACACGAUAACUACGAUCUUUUAGUUAAAGAGGCCGUUGAACAAAUCCACGGGCCGCAACAAGACAAAACAGAAAAAUUCUGGAUGAACGUUGCUAAAAAUGCUAAAGAUGUUGAGACUAUGAAAUUUAAAGUUAAGAGUGAAACUCCAAAACUACCCGCUGUUAACGUAUCUCAAAACUUUCAUUUCGCUAGAAAAAUGCACGUUGGCAAUUUAGAGCACCAGCCUCUGCCUGACACGUUAGGCUAUCGCAACAUGACCAAAAUCGGGGAGCAUAGAGAUUCUGACAUAAUAGUUAAACCUUACGCUAUAGGAUGGAAAGGAUACGGCGCCUCUGGACCUACAUGUUGUACUAAAAUGUGCGUUCAUAGACCUAAGACGUCCGAUCCAAAGAAAACUGAUUCCGACAAGGAUGAAGCGAAACAAAGACCUUUUACAUCUGCUCCCGACUUAGGAUCACAGUCUAAAAAACCGAUGUCUCUCAUGGAUCUCGCCAUUUGCUGGGACUUUAGACCCGACGAUCCUAAGAGAGAGCCAAAACCUACAAAACACAUAGACGGUUCAAACGGUUCAAAAGCGCCAGCUGUUUUUACAAUGGUACAUACGCCAAAAGAAGUGCCCGAGGAACCGAUUAAAAGCGGCCACUCAAAUCCCAUUUUUAAUGAAAACCGAUUCGUUCAGGAUAUCGGUCGUCACCCGGUGCCAUAUUUUGAAAAAGAUAUGACGAAAUCUAAGAGAAAGGAUUCCUGUGAAGUGCAGUACUGUCCGCAACAUAACGGCCAUGAAAGAGAAAUUAGGUCCAAUUCUUCUAGCAGGAGAAAUUGCCCUCCCACGCCAUCCAAACCUCCGUGCGACGGUAUUCAUGGGUGUGGGACUCCAAGCGAUGUCAGUCGAAAAUCUAGCCACGAUAACAACGGCCAAGAGAAAAUACGGCAGGUUAAAGAAGCUUGGAAUGACAAUGACGUAGAUAAAAAGAAAAAUAAACAAUACGACGUUAAUCGAAAUCGUAAUAGCUUAGAAUCGUAUGAAAAGACUCCUCUGGCCCAAGGUAAACUGAAACAGAGCACACCGGAUGAUUCAAUGCUCUCAAGGCGCUCCACAAAAGAUAGCAAUAUGCCUAACGGUAACGGAAAGCAUAAGCACUGCAUAUCUUGCAAUGGGACGAAAAUUCCGCACGACAUAAAGCAGAAAGAGGACUAUAAGUUUGCCUUCAAAGCUGGCAACCCAAAUUCUGUACAGAGUGGAAGCACGUCUCACGAUUCAAAGGGCAUAAAGAUCCCAAAAAUGCGCCAUCCGUACACAAAGAAAUCUUACACGAUUCCUACACUCGCUCCUCCGUUCAGUAUUUGGCGCGACGCUAAUGCAACAGGGUACCCUGAGCAUUGGAGACUAGCCAGUGUAUACCAACACGCUUACAACAAACCACCGGAACAGAGAAGAAAACCACUUAUAUCUAGCGUGUAUCAGUGAAAACGCACUAAA